AUGAAUUCAACUGGUAUAUCUGUUGAUCCGGAUGCAUCCAUGAUAUAUGCAUCAGACGCAUGGUGGAAAGAGCGUGAAUUCAACAAAGGAUUCAACCGAAAACCGCCCGAGUUUUGGGAUGUGAUGGUACGAUGUCUCAUAUUACAUGAUGUACGCUCACAAUCCCAACAUUCUUCACGUCAAAGAAGAGAAGAGAUCAUCAAUGAUGAUGCAGUAGAUGAUAACAAUGAUGAUGGCUCUAACAGUGAUAGUGGUGAUAUUCCAGCAACUCGAGUUCAAGAGACGCAAGAAGAUGAAGAAGUGUAUCGUGUUAUAGUUGAUGAGGAUAUGGAUAAUUUGAAUGAAACGGUCCCAAAUACCACUCGUAGAGGCCAACAACGAGAAAUGUCUAAUUUGCAGGCAAAUGCUAGACGUCAAAGUAAUUCAGAAAGAGGAGUUGGAGGUUCACGACUUUCUAGUAGAACUGGUUCACGAGGAGGUCGUAGAAGACAAUCCUUUGAAACAACUAUAAAAGACACCAUUGCUGGAUAUACAGAGUUCCAACGCCAAAGUUUGCAACAACUUCGUCGGUGCUUUUGA